AUGGUCGCGAGCGGACCGGAGCCAAGGAAUGGCAAACAAAGCCCAGAGACAGACGAUCGUCAUCGACGUCCAGCGACGAACUACGGGGCCACAACGUCAACGCCUUCCACAGGGUCUCAAAGUCCACGAGCCCGUACAAGCCCUGAAAGGCUCAAACGAAAUAGCUCAACCUUGUUGGUGGCAGUACCGGAAGACUCUAUACAGAUGGAAUUCGACACGCCGUCGCCGCGUUAUACUGGCGGAGCUGCUUUGAACGGGGACGACGACGAGCAUGUUGAGCUCGAUGAACGGGUUGAAGAAUGGCUGAUUGACGAGGAACUGUCGAGGGAGGGUCUGUACCGAGGAUCUUACAAGAGAUUUUUGACGCUGUAUUCUCUGACGCCGCUGUCGACGUUGCUAACGUUCGCAUUUCUGACGUGUUUACCGCUACUGGCAUACCCAUUGGACUCAGAUUCGCCUCAUACCCCCUACCCGUAUUCACCGUAUUUCCCAUACCCCUUUCCAGAGCUGUUGGCAGGCGCAGCUCUCUGGGCCUUCAGCCUUCUCCUCCGGGAUCUUCUCUCGACACUUUCAGCACAAUUACAAGACCACCGCGGAAGCUUCCUGGUUACCAUUGCAUCAACAAUCCUCCAGUCGGUGCUAUCCGUGCUUCUCCAGCUCGCAACGACGAUCCUCCUCCUUAUCUCGCCCUCGGACGACAAUGAUCGCCCAACAUGGCAUGAUCACGCCUUCCGACGGGUCUGGGCUGUCGCUUUAGGUUGGGCAGGCAUAGAGGCGAUAGUGGGAAUCAAGCAAGGUUACGAGAGCCUUGCGCUAUAUCGCGACGUUCUCGUCACUGUCAAGAGAAUACCCUCACCUGACAUCCUUCCGACACAAAACCUUACCUCAAGAGAAGACAUCUCCUUGAUUCAGAGGGGUGAUGAAGACAACGAACGUCAGCCACUCCUCUCCCCAGUGUCGCCGAAUCUAUCGAGAAAGGCCAUCGAGCGAGAGUUGGAGAAUGACUUGGAGCAGUUGAUGGCUCUGAAAGGCCGUGCAGAACUGGAGGUAGUAUAUGGCUUGCCCUUUAUCUAUAUCCCGGUGUUCAUCCCAUGCCUGCACCGUAUCAACGCUGUCCUGCUGUCCCUGGGCAGCUUCCUGCUUCUUUCCGGCUCGUACCUCCGUUCUCCCUACGCAGCAAGUUCCCCACCAUCACAUCAUAUCCACCACCUUCAUCCCACUCUCCACAUUGAACUGUCGAACAAUUCCAGCACCCUCUUCAUCAUCACGCUUCUGGGCGUAACACUCUGCCAGUUGACCCUUGCUGUUCUCCACAGCGCGUGGAUCUUACCGCGGAUAGGAGUCCACACCUUUGUCUACGUGAACCUCUUGAUCUCUUUGGGCAUCUUUUUUGCGGGUUUGGGCUAUUGGGAAGCCUUGGUUUGA